AGGGGAUUUUGGGUUAGCUAGGCUUGUGGAACAUGAAAAAGGAUCACAAACAACUUUGUUGGCCGGAACCAUAGGCUACAUGGUUCCUAAGUGUUACACAACAGGUAAGGCAAGCAAGAAGUCAGAUGUCUAUAGUUUUGGAGUUGUGGCACUUGAAAUUGCUUGUGGUAGAAAGUCAAUAGAGUCUACAUAUGAAGAGCAAGAGGCGUCAUUAGUGGAUUGGGUUUGGGAAGCAUGUGGGAACCAAAUGCUUCUUGGUGUAGUUGACAAGAAACUCUCUGCAGAUUUUAAUGUGAAAGAAAUGGAGCGUUUGCCAAUUGUUGGGUUAUGGUGUGUGCAUCCUCCCCCAAGUAUGAGACCGUCAAUUAAGCAAGCAAUUAAGGUGCUUAAUUUUGAGGCAGCACUACCAAAUCUACCAAGCAGGAUGCCUAUUCCCAAUUAUGAUAUCCCUAGCACUCCGUCAUCAGAACCAACAAACCUGGUUCACUGAUUGUCAAUGUCUCUCGCUAAUUUUAAUGUAAAACUUAUAUAUAUUAAUUCUGAAAUUAAACAAGCGUGUUUAUUGUUUGAGAUUACUGGAUACUUGGCAUCCCACUUUGAAUUUACUAAUGUGGUAUCACGUGGUCGGCUCUAAGCUGUCAAUUUGUGCAACUAAAAUUUCUGUUUAUUA